CGGUUAUCACGUGGCAUAUCUUGGGAUUACGCAAUUUUGUGUGUGAUUCGUAAACAAUGAUCAUCAUAAAUGCCUGUUCACGAUCGCCGUACUCGUAAUUUAGUUGGACUAUUCUGGCUUUUACUAGCUGUAGUCGUGGUAGAAAUCUGCCUGUUCAGUGUCUGUUUCAUGUGGACUCUAACACCAGCCAAGUUCCAAGCGCAACUGCCACCAAAACAACUUGAGCAAACAUUGGCCGAUUCCAUUACACGUAGUGACAACAUGCAUCGGACAGUGGUCGCAUCGCUCGCCUUGGUUCUAGGCGCCUUGAUCAGCCAGGGUACCGCUCAGGCCCCGAUCCCGCUUCGACCGCCCGGCUUCUUCUACAGCACUGGGUCAUGUGAUGCUCCUAUACAACUCGAAUCCUUUCUAGACCUUAUAUGCCCCGACUCGAAAGCUGCUUGGCGUACAUAUCAGAAAGUUGCAGAUUAUUAUGGACCAGACACAGUGAGAUUUUCAGCUUUGAUGUUUCCCUUGCCUUAUCAUCGAGCUGCAAUGGCUGCUGCACAGGGAGCCUUUGUAGCAGACAUGCUGGACUCAAACAAGACGUACAGCUGGUUGAACACAGCCUUCGAUAAGCAGGCAGCACUCUCUGAUGCUAACAUCUCUGAACAACCUGAUAGCUAUAUUUUAAAAGUUCUUUCUGAGUGGGCGUCAGAUGUUGGCUAUUCAAAGGCUCAAUUCAUGAUGCACCUGUCUCGUAGUGAUCCAACGCAAUCUCUAGCUAGGGUGGAGUUCAAAUAUGGUGCAACACGUGGUGUGUUCCAGACCCCACAGACCUUCAUCAAUGGUGCUGUCGUCUCUUCCGAACCUAGAUGGACGCUCAGUGACUGGAAGCAAGUCAUAGAUCCUCUUCUGGCUAAAAACAAAUAUUUCUUCAGACAACACUGAGCAUUAUCCCAAGAAUCACUUGAAGGGUAGUAUACACCUAGAUUGUUUUUGAAAAUAUUGUUUGCAUUAAUGAUUUGAUUAUUUAUUUAUUUAUGAUUUUUCAUGCGUAGUGUGUAUUGAUAAUAUAAUGCUCACUCAGAUAGGAUGCAGUAGACUGGUGCUUUUAUUACAUCCUGUUUGUAAAUGGCAACUGCACGCAGCAAAGGUCAUACAUGCAUGUUCAUCAAGCAUGUUCAUCAAGUUCAUCAUGUUCCUCAAGAUACAUUACCGGUAUGUGAAGCAUAUCACACUUACAUCAUUGAAAUAAAAAUGCCAAAGUUUACCGUGUCAGAUCUGUAUGAGGUUUUGGAAUUCGGAAUGAAAGGUACCGCGCUAAUGUGUGCUUAUUAAUCAAGCAAAAUAAAUUGGGAUGUAAAACUUAAACUUUCUUUUUAACAAGGGACCACAUCUGGCCAAUUAGCAGUUUUCUUUUGUGUAGGUCUGGGAUCGAACAAGCUAGAUCUGGCAUAUUCAACAUAUGUAAUGAAUUGAAGUCUGGUGCAUGCUUACAGGUAAAGACCAGUUUUGGAAACGUCCCCCUCCCCAAAACAUCAAAUGGAAGCUCUUAUUACCAAUCAUGUGAAAGAAUAUUUAGACUAAUACGUG